AAUAUAUAUAUAAUGAAAUCUCGCGAGACUUUGAAUCACGUUUACGGAAGUUUACAUUUUGGUACAGGAAAACGUGUUUCUACUGGAAGCCGUGAAAUGAAAAAGUGAUUUUAAGUUUUCUUGAGCUCGUUGGCCUCAGAGUGAAUUUCAUAAAUGAUGCAUUCGGUUCUUAUUAACGCGGUUUUACGGAGCUCUUCGGAAUACGAGGUUUUGCUGGGAUCUCUGCUGUGGCCCAGUGAGACGUGGCCGGAGACGGAGCGAGUGGAAGCGCUGACAGCUCUCAUCGAAGGACUCGGAGCACUUUUAGCCCGCUCAGAUCCACAGCCGGUCACAGAUGCAACAAGGCAGAGUAUUACUGCUGAAAUCGAAUCGGUGAUUUGGACCAGGUGCAUGCCUCUCCUGUCCAAAAUCUCAGCAGAACCAGAAGAUGCGGGCUGCAGGGAGAGCACCACCGCUGUUUGCAGACUUUUGCGUGUUUGCGUCGCGCAGUGCAGCGAGGAUGCGCGGACGCGAGCGGCUCAGUUCAUCCUUCCAUCCCUGCAGCCACAAGAGGAGGAGGGGGAGAUCUCCCAUGGGCGUUUCAGCGUGGAGGUGGCCUCUGAGAGCAUGGCAUCCCUCAUCCCUUUUCUGUCAGCUGAUGAUCACCUCACACAAGCCAUCCUGUCUGCUGCCCUGUCCUCCAUCAGAUCCCUCCCGGACGCAUCUGUCCCCAGAAUCAUUGUGCGGAUCAUCUCAACCCUUCUGAGGUUCUGCAGCGGUGCACGGUCAGACUCCAUCCUCAGGUCCAUCCUGGAGCACGUGUGCGGCUGGCAUUCCUCAGAGACCUCAACUCUGGUGACAGAGAGGUCUCUACUGUGUUUGACCGCCCUGUCAGACCACCUCCUCCAACCACGCAGCCCCCAGUCCCACAGCUCAGAUGCACCCGACCCUCGCUUGUACCUUCAGUUCUGGAGGAUUGUUCAGGAUGGACUGACUCACAGAGACAGCCUGGCCCGUAAGAGGGCUCUGUAUCUUCUGAAGAGAUGUGCAGCUCUGUCUGAAGAGGAGGCCUUAGAUGUUCCGUCUUCUGCAUCAGAAGAAGAUGAGAUGCUGUUCAGGUGGGCUCCUGAUCGGGUGGAGGUGCUCAGAAAGUUCUGGGAGGAUUAUGUUCUGGUAAUGGAGACUCUGGAAGAAAACCAGAUUCAUGUAGUCCGGCCAGUUUUAAACAGAAUCGACACUCUGAUUGAAACUACAGUAAACGGUUGCCAAGGCUCGGAUUGGGGGCUCUUCCACCCGUCCUGGCUGUUGUGUGUGUACCACCGCAUGUUCCAAAGUGAGAACAAAUCCCUCACCAAGGAAGGAGUGUGUCAUCUGGUGGAGCUGCGGGUCCUGCAGCAUCCUGCCUUUGCAUUAUGCUUUUCUCAGUUCAUCGUUGGUCCGUUUAUGGACGUUCUCUCCGAAACCUCACUUUUUCACAGGUCACCUGGGGAAAGAGUCGGGGAGUGUCCAGAGCUGGCGGUGAAGCUCAGAGUCUUCAUGGAAACCUUCUUCACCAGUUUACCCCAGGAGGAGCGAUGUGCUGUGUUGCUUCAGCUCAUUCAGCAGCUGAGCACUAAGCAUUGGAGUGCAGUACCACUCCUCUUCGUGUGCGAGUCGCUGUCUCAACUUCCUCUGCAACCUCUGCUGGGGAUCAGCGGGCUCGCCACCAUCAGGGAGGUUCUGCGAUGCACCAUGAUCACACAUCAGGUGCUGCUGAGAGGAGCUGCGCAGUGUUUCUUGCUCAAGAGCGCCCUCUCUCUCACAGUGGUGAGUGAAGUAACCCUGGAUGAUGUUUUUUCUUUCCUGGCGUGUUUCCGAGCAGAUGAGUCUCUGUGUAGAGGAACAAAGCUGUGGAAUCAAGUGUGGGCCUGGCUUUUAAAACACGAAGACAGUUUUAAAUCAAGAACGAUCGACAGAGAUUUGGAUGCUCCCCCUCGUAAAAAGGAAACGGUAAAAACUCACGUUCAAGAGACGUUGCUGGCCUUUCUCAUGGUGCCAGCGUGUAUGGGUCAUAAUGAAAGGCUGCCUGACUCCAGAGAGGCUGACAAGCUAGCCAGAGCCGUCCUGCUGUGCGCGGAAAUGCAGAGGAGUCGAGCAGGAGCAGGAUUAAUCAGCUUUCUGGACUCGUUGUUGUCUCCCCUGCUUGACACGCUGAGCCGAGUCAGCACCAAUAUGUACCAGCCUUUGAGCAAGAGCGACAAGAGCCUGCAGCUCCUACUUAGGUUGUUCCAGCUUGUAGCAAUCAAUCAGCGUGUCCGCGUGGAGGAAGAUGAUGUGCUGGUUGCCAUUAGGGGAAUCCUUUUCCGGCUUUUUGAUCCAGUCCUGGAGUUUAUCCUGCGGCAGCUGUGUGGGGGGCUGCAGGAGCUUUGUGACGUGGAGCGAGCAGAUCUCUAUCUUUGUGUUCUGAGGCAGCUGGUUGUCGUGUGCCGUUCUUCAUCACAACACCACAAUAAAAUUCACCAAAUAGUUUUCCCUAAACUCAUCAAGUUUGGCCUCACGGCUCUAAAGAACCAAACCCAUAGGGUCCCUUUGGUGGCAGAUCAGGUUGCUAUGGCUGUUGCUAUGGCAUCCCUGGCUACUGUUUGUGACCUUACAGCACAGGAAGGAACUGACAAUCAAUCAGAAACCAGCUCCGCUUUGAAAUCACUGAACGACUAUUUCUUCAGUCCGACUUCUUCACAGCAUCCGACCUGUUUGGGACACAUCAAUCAACGGCUCGUGAAACCACAGCUCAUAGACUCUUCAGGCUGUAAUCUGGAAGCACAAGGGAUUCUGCAGCAGGACUGGGGACUCAUUGCCGCCAGAUUCAUGCGAGACCAGUGGAUUUGCCUGAACUUUCUUUUUAAGACUUUUGGGAUUCCUGCGUCGACAGCUGACGCCCUCCGAGCUGCUUUUCUCUGUGGGCUGGAGGCCCUGACCCUGCUCCCCAGCGACCUGGUGCUGCCCGUCCUCACAUUCAAUGAGAUGGUUUUGCCACAAUUGGUAUGCGGCGAAGAGGCGCUCUGUGUGCAAGCAGUGACUUGUAGUUGGGAGCUCGUGCAGGGGCUGAGCACCAACGCUCACGACUUCUGGCCAGCGCUGAGAGGCUUCGUUUCCAUGGCUUUUCAGCACAGCCUGCUCAUCCUCCCCAAGGAUCAGGCUCCAGACCUCACGGUCACCCUGAAACAAAUUGCCUCUGAAUUAUUGGAGCUGUCUCAGACAAAGAGUGGCGUGUAUGGCGUGCUGACUCAGCACUGCUGCCAGACAUGGCUGGACACUGACGCCGGGUUUACAAGUGUUUUCAGCUACUUGGACAUCGUCACUGAAGCUUGUGUUUACGGACCUUUGAUGAGGAAAGAUCAACGACUCAUUCAGGAUGUCCACACAUAUGUGGAGCAGCUUGGGGAAUCAUGUGCUGCUAAUGUAGCAGUUACAAGUGGUACCAGGGAUGAUCAGUUGCCGCGCAUUUGCGUCCUGGCUUUCCUCAGCCGCCUGGAUUCCACUAAUGUGCUGCACCAAAGACUCAUAGAGGAGCUUGUUUUUGAGUUACUGAAGAAGGACACUGAAAUAUCAAAGUCCAAAACGCGUUACCAUAGCAACUCCCUGCAACACCGUGUUAAAAAUAGAGUGUGGCAAACACUACUGAUGCUGAUGCCUAAACUCAAAGAGGAGUUUGUUGGCGCGCUGCUGAGCCGCGUGUUUGAAGCCGGAUUCGGCAGCAACCACGCCUCAGUAAAAUACCUGAUCGAGUGGAUGAUGAUUCUGAUCCUCGUCCGCUGCCCACAACACAUUGAGAGUUUGUGGAUUUGCUUCAGCAAGACUCAUGAACACACCAAGACCAGCAUCUGCACCUUCUUGUCAGUUCUGGUACAUUUUAAUGUCAUCGUUCCACAUCUUAAGGACAAGGAUGUGCAGCUCCGUAAGGCGCUGGAUGUCACCCUGCAGUCGUGCCUGAGUCACAACUUCAGCGUCCGCCUCUACGCCUUGUUGGCACUGAAGAGGGUGUGGCAUCUGGCAGAAAACAUGGCGGAGGAGGCCGAAGCUUUGAGAUCGUUGUCCUCUGUGGUCGGCGUUUGUCUGACCCAGGCAGAGGCCAUGCAGAGCACCGGAAAUGCUAGCAAGAACUGGAUACGGAUUCAGGAGCACUUCUUUUUCAGUUGCUUCCAUCCCAUCAGGGAUUUCAGCAUUGAGACUAUUUUCUACACCUUCCCUAGUCUGUCAGAGCUGACUGACGAUGAGUGGAUUCCACCGUGGAAGUUUGAGAGGUUUGCAGGGUUUGCAGAAAGCUCAGCGUUUCCUUUGAGGAAUGCUGUUCGCGACUUGGAGCAGGUCCAGCCUGGAGACUGGAUUCAGCAGGACAGCAGUGAACAGGGUAAGGAGGAGCGCUGGGUUGAGGUGCAGAAGAAGAUCACCCCGUCGAGGCUGGGAAUUCAGGAGCAGGAGCCCGAACUUCAGCUGAUUCCGCCCCAAAGGGCUGCCCGACUGGGCAAACAGCCGGGGGCCCUGCUGGUUGUGGCGUCACUCAUCGACAAGCCUACCAACUUGGGAGGUCUCUGCAGGACUUGUGAGAUCUUCGGUGCCAGUGCUCUAGUCCUUGACAGCCUCCGCCACGUCACGGACAAACACUUCCAGUCGCUGAGCGUCUCCUCUGAGCUGUGGCUUCCUUUGUUAGAGGUGAAGCCCAUGGAGCUCACAGAAUUCUUGCAGAUGAAGAAGAGUGAAGGUUACUGUAUUGUUGGAGUGGAGCAGACGGCCAACAGUCAAAGCCUGCAGGACUACCGCUUCCCUGAAAAGACACUGCUCCUCCUGGGGAAUGAGCGGGAAGGUAUCCCUGCUAAUUUACUCCAGAUGCUGGACGUGUGUGUGGAGAUCCCUCAACAGGGAGUGAUCCGGUCGCUGAACGUGCACGUGAGCGCUGCCCUGUUGAUUUGGGAAUACACCCGGCAGCGUCUGACCUCUAACUCUGUGGAAGUUGCCAACAAACAUGAGUUUGUUUGACAGAAGAGCACAUGGUGGCUUUUGUGAAGAUCUUCCUCUUUGACAUUUCUGCAAGGAGCCAAGGCUUCGGCAUCCGCAGGCAUCAGCUCUUGUGCCUUAAUGAAAUUUGUGCAUAAAGAUCACGUCGCAUUUUUCCAUCUUGGUUCCUUUUCUACAUUUUUUGCCAUUCGAGUUUUACGUUGCAAUUAAAAAUAUCACAAUAAAAGUGUUUAUAAAAUUGA